UUUCUUUUGUGAUCUCAAAUCCAACUCAACUAGUUAGUUACUUAUUUUAGAUACUUUGAGAUUCAAUUCAAAUUCAACCAUGGUUUCUUCCAACACUUUUUCACUUUCUCUCAUCUUAUUCCUCUCUUUCUCUUCCUUCUUCUUCUUCUCUCCCUCCUCUCAAUCUCACAACAAAGUUUCUCUAGAAUUGUACUAUGAAAGCUUGUGCCCUUACAGUGCCGAUUUCAUCGUCAAUGACCUCCCUAAAAUCUUUGAACCCGAUCUUUUCUCAAUUGUUGACCUUAAACUUGUUCCUUGGGGUAAUGCUAAACUUAGACCUAACUCCACCAUUACUUGCCAGCAUGGUCCAUAUGAGUGUUUGUUGAACAGGGUGGAAGCAUGUGCUAUUGAUACAUGGCCUCAAUUGAAUGAGCAUUUUUCUUUCAUCUAUUGUAUUGAGGAUCUGGUGUAUGACAAUAGGCAAGAAGAGUGGGAAUCUUGUUAUGAGAAACUUGGUCUGGAUUCAACACGUGUCAAUGAUUGUUAUCGCAGUGAGCAUGGAAGAGAGUUGGACCUAAAGUAUGCAGAUGAAACAAAUGCUCUACAACCUCCUCACGAGUAUGUUCCAUGGGUAGUUGUCAAUGGAGAACCACUCUACGAGGAUUAUGAAAACUUCUUAAGCUAUGUCUGUAAGGCUUAUAAAGGCGCUAAUGCACCCAAAAGUUGCAACCAAGCAUCAUAUCUUAGUACAGUUCGACAAGUGGAAGCAAAGGCUAAGCAUUCAUUUUGCGUUAUGGAAAGAGUGACGCCAUUGUGGGAAAAAACAAGGUCAACCAUUGCCUCAUGGAUGAGCCAGAUGAAUCUUCUAGGUGUAAUUUAGAUGCGCGUCAAUGCCGUGUGUAAUUAAGAUGAAUCCGUUUGUUCCAUUUCUCUUGUAAAACCCCUAAUAAACUGCAAAUAGAACUUGUCAUUAGUAGUUCUUUCUCAUUUCUCAGUAAAAGAAACAAUGUUGUGUAUAAUGUAUUUACAUGAUGUUUCUAAGUUCAAUUUUAUAUUUUGGAUA